AUGGAGUCUUUCACCCCCUUAAAUCACCCAGAAGACGCAAUAUGCAGCAUCUGCAAAGAAGUAUGCGUCGCCAAUGACUUUGCGCCUGUCCUCAAGGUCCUCGCCUGCCCCAAGUUUUACUUCCACUCCGAGUGCAUCGUAGCCUGGUUCAAAUCUACAGAUCAACAACGAGGUACGUGUCCCAACGACCGUCGAGGGCUACUCGAACCAGAUCCGAUCGUUCGUCCUCCACCAGGCGAGGUCCGUCGCCUUAUUGGACUGGGUUCUGCACCACUACGGCUGUCGGAGGAGAUCAAUCGCAUAGACCCGUGCAUCGCCACGACCAUGGAGAAUAUGCGCGUGCUAGAGCGGCAACUAAAGUCACUCGCUACACAAGGCACUCCUAUAAUCUCUGUAUGGGAGUCUGAGCUACGGCAUACAAUCGAGUCGAAUCUCCGUAUCAUACUCGGACCAUGGUGUACUCCGAGCCCAAAUUGCGACAGUUGGAAGAUCGGUAUGUUGCCGCUGUUACAUCAAUUCUUGUCGCCCGGCACAAGCAACUGGCAGUAUGGGUACAAGUCAUCCUCGAGUGUCUACGGUUCACUACGACGUUGUCCUUCGUGAAGAAAAUACCGCGAUACAAGGAAGCAUUUUAGCUACCUUCUUGUUAGAGUACGCACUACACGCAUCGUAUAGCGAUACAUGCCUGGAACACCCUGGGGAAUCACCAUCGGCAGCUCCAAUUUCUCCUGUAGAGCACGUUACAUAUCGCCGUUGAGCUUUCGAUCGAGCUUGUAAGUAGUUUCGUUACCACAGUUACUGGUAAGCUCGGUGAAAUCUGCCUUAGAAUAAAUUUGAGAGAGUCUGCAUAAGAACUGUGUACACAACGACACAUCUGUCUUAUACUCACCUGGAUAGAAGGAACGCUCAAUCGCUCGACGACAUGAAUAGCCACUAAGGUAAUAUCGGUG